UUAUCAAAAGAUACCGGCACGUACAUUAUUAGGUGUAUAUAGCUUGGAUUGUAGCGUUUAACUUUACUUUCACUGGUUCUUGUAGACGAUAUUUAAGAUAGGGUUAGCGGGUGUUGAGUUUCCAGUGUCGCGUUUUGAGUGUCAUUAGAAUCCUACCACUGUUGGGUGCAGAAGGGUGUCGCUCAAAGAUCGGUGUUUUUGUCCAAUUUCUAUUUUUUCUUUUAAUAUUUAGAACGGAAUUGGUGGAUUAUUUUGGCUGCGAGAUAUCUUAGAGGGACUAAAAAAUGGCCCUCAAAGCCCUAAGUCUGCUUCUUCUGGAGGCGAUUUUAAUCCAAGCCGGUCCACAGUCCUACCAGAAUUUGUUCUUGCAAAGAAUCAACCCCCAAUACGACAACACUGUCUAUGGAGGAAAUUUGAUUGAAGACCACGUUUACAGUCGAGCGCCCGGUAAACUUGCGCCUCAAGCUCCGAUUUUGCAAUCAAACUACCACUCUGCCCCGCAAGUAGCUCCGGCCAUUCAGUUUAACGGAGUAGCGGCAGCCAAUGGGGGUCCCUUGGGGACUCUGUCUCCCAACCCCUACGGGCAGGGAUUCCCGCAAUUGCCAAUCCCCCAACCCACCCAAGAUCCCGCGUCUUUGGGGUGCGGCCAAGCGCCAGGCUUCUGCCCAAAAUCCCGAUACAGAAGUUAUGAUGGCUCUUGCAAUAACUUGAAUAACCCCGGCCUGGGAAUUCCCCAAACCAGAUACAACCGACUGCUGCCUGCAAAGUAUGGAGAUGGAAUCAGCACCCCCACCAUGGCCCUAAGCGGAAAUCCUCUGCCCAGUGCCCGAGCGGUGUCAUUCUCCAUGUACCCAGACAUACCCAUAGAAGACCCCAUUUGGACGCUAAACGCCAUGCAGUAUGGGCAAAUCAUCACUCAUGAUAUGAGCAUGAUUGUGGGAAGCACUCAAACCCAGCCCCAUGCAACCAGAUGCUGUUCUCCAGACGGCCAGCUUCUAGAUCUAGCCAACAGCCCCGAACAUUGCUUCCCUAUUGUGGUGCCCCAGAAUGAUCCAGCAUACUCCCAGCAGAACAUCAGAUGUAUGAACUUUGUGCGAACUAUCACUGAUAAGGACAGGAGGUGCAUCGGGGACCAUCAACCAGCCGAACAACUGACUGCAGUCAACAGCUACCUGGAUUUAUCCAUCGUCUACGGCAACAAUGACCAAGUGAACCAGCAGGUGCGACUUUUCCAAGGAGGGCGUUUGAUCAGCGAGCAGAGAAACAGCCAGGAGUGGCUGCCUAGGAACCCAAAUGCUACCGGAGCCUGCACGUUGCUCGACAUCAACGAGCCUUGCUACUUGGCAGGGGACACCAGAGUGAAUCAGAACCCGCAACUCACAGUGCUGCAGACGUUGCUCCUGAGAGAGCAUAACAGAAUUGCCAGCGUUUUGGCCUCAAUUAAUCCUCACUGGGACGACGAGACCAUCUUCCAAGAAGCCAGGAAGAUCAACAUUGGGCAACACCAGCAGAUCUCGUACUAUGAAUGGUUGCCGAUCUUCAUAGGCCUGGACAAUUCCCUGAAGAACAAAAUCCUUUGGAGGACUCAAGGAUACGUGGACGACUAUGACCCAACUGUGAACCCCUCCGUCCUCAAUGAGCACGCCAAUGCAGCCUUUAGAUUCUUCCACACUUUGAUUGCUGGACAGUUGGAUUUGGUGAGUGAAAGGAGGAACAGCUACGGAAAUAUCAGGAUCAGCGACUGGUUCAACCGACCAGCCAUUCUGGAACAGGGCAACUCGUUUGAUGAGCUCACCAGAGGUUUGGGGACUCAGCCUGAGCUGGCUGCUGAUGCCUAUCACGAUAGAGAGAUCACACUCAACUGGUUGAGGCAACCUGGCCAGCCCCUAGGGCAGGAUCUGAAGGCGAUUUGCAUCCAGCGAAACAGAGACCAUGGCCUGGCUUCUUAUAACGACUACAGGAGCUUCUGUGGGCUGCCGAAGGCUUCCUCCUUCCAAGACUUCCUGGACGUUAUUUCCAGAGACAACGUUGAGCGCCUUGCCACUCUUUAUGAGCACCCGGACGAUGUGGACCUCACUGUGGGAGGAUCUCUGGAAACAAUUAUUCCUGGCACGCUGGCCGGGCCCACUUUCCUCUGCAUCCUCACGGAGCAAUUCUACCGAACAAGAGUGGGCGAUCGGUUUUGGUUUGAAAAUUCUGGAGAAACUGGUUUCACUCAGCAGCAACUGGCCGAGAUCAGAAAGUCCUCGAUUGCCAGGAUAAUGUGCGAUAAUGGAAGGGGCGUUCGGGCUAUGCAACCAAGGGCUUUUGAGAGAAUAUCGCAAUCGAAUGCUGUUGUGCCAUGCGAAGCCCUUCCAGUGGUCGACCUGUCCUUAUGGAAGGACUUGAAAGGUGGAAGCUCCCACAUACCCUCAGCCGGAUUUGGAACAUCAGAUUAUUACUUUAAAAAGUAGUUUCCCUUCGAGUUAAGGGCGUUUGCAGAAAACUUAGACACUAAGGAUGGUGACUAUUUAGAGCGAGUAGAGCAAUUUGCUGCCUUAGAAAGUCUGUAGAGUAGAACACCAUUAAGAGAUGUUGUCUCCAAGCUUCCAUUCUUCUUUCGAUUGAAAAACGCCAUUAUUUCUACUAUUUCCAUGCCCAGAAAUUAACGCAUAUCUUCUAGUUCAUUACAUAUCGCAUGAUAAGUACUUCUAAUACAAUUUAGCCUCAUAGUGAUAAUUUUUAUACAAGAUUAGCGCCUAUUCCUACUUAGUCUUAGCUGGAAUUGAAUGCAUUAUCUACAAUAGACGCCUCUGUUUGCUCUCUCAAAUCCGCAAUCAUUAUUUAUCUUAGAUAAUUGAUAUGUAAAUAAUAUGCCUUGUUUAUAAUUUAUCGUGAGUUGUACAUAUACGUAAACAGAAAUGGUUUGAAUGUGCUAAGAUUAACGUGUAAGAGUUUGUUUUAAAUAAAUAGACCUUCCGUAAUAA